AUGACUUGCGUUGAUUUCCCAACAUUCACUCUAAAGACGACAAAAAACUAUGUAUUUGUUGCAGGAGGCGGCGGAAACAAGGAUUAUGGAAAACAAAACGGUGUUGUUGCGUUUAGAAAGGAGAAUAUUUCCAAGGAACUAGGGGAUUUUGAAGAUUUCUUCCAAACUGAUGAUUUUAUACUUCAUCUUCAAGUUUAUACAUCUUGUGAGGAAGAACAGGAUGGUCAAAUGGAAAGGCUGUUGAUUAGAGAAAGGCCUGCUAUUGCUGAAGAGUUCGACCCGAGUGAUAGUGAAGAUGCUUGUGCUGAAGAAUUAUCCACUACAAGUGAGGAGAAAGGCGCGAUGGAAGAUGGUAAUAAAAAUGACAUCCAAAGCGUAAACGAAGAAGCAGAAAACGAAAAUAUUGUUAGCAAAAAUGGCGAUGACAAUAAAAGUAAGACAGGUGGCGAUGGUAGUGAAAACAAAAACGAAGGAGACACUAGAACCAAAAAGGAAGUACUAAGCAGUCUUCAAAAGAAUCCUAUUUUUGUGGCUGGGAUUGGUGACAAGAACUUCUAUCUUCUUCGAUUUGAUGGGAAGUUCAGCUUAUGCUGUGUGUCAAAUAAUAAAAUCAGGCAGGCACACUUGUCUGAACAUUUGAUUUUACUAAAAAAUAACAUUAUUGCUGGAUUUCACAACAUCAUCCACCAGAAUAAGCCUACCUUAAACUUCAAAAUUAAAAAAUUCCAUGAAGACACCGAGAAUCUGGCAGAAGAAUAUGUUUACAAACUGUACAAGAAGAAAGAUGAGGUGGUCGCACUCAACGAUCACUGCACCCAGGAUAUUCCAGAGGAUUGGUUUAAGUUUUUCAUUUUUGGAAACUCGAUCCACAAAGUGAUCAACGAAAAUGAUAAGAACACUUUUGUUUUCCAUAAUCAGAAGUAUGAAAUUGAAGGCAAAUUGUCUAAUUUUAUUGUGCAAAAGAGCCGAAUAAUCUUUUUUGCCAAUAGGGAGAAGGAGGGACAUCUAUAUUUUAUAGACCAGUCAAGUAAAAGGUAUGAGCUUCCGAAGAUAACAGCCAUUGCACAAUUCAAUGACACAACAUGUGUUGCUACUGCACAGGGCGAUGUCAUUAUUUAUGUUGAUGGAGUGUAUUCACAGAAGCACAGUGUGGCUACAAUUCCAAUAUCAGGCGUGGGCCUUGACGACUCUAAGAUUUAUUUUUGUAUUCUUACAGGUGAAAUAGGAUGCAAGAAAUACUCAACAUCAACUCACUUAGUCCUCAAAACUGCAUCGAUUCUGGUUUUGGUUAUUGCAAUCAUUAUAGCCGUCAUAUUCAAAUAUAAAAGAUAA